CCCGCACUUGCCCACAUCAACCAUACAUACCCAUACACCUCACUUUCGACUCGCCCUUGAGACACCUGCAAUUCUCCAGUAUCAUCCGGGUCGCUAGAUACAGCUCUCCAAGAUGUCUCGAAGAUACGAUUCCCGAACCACCAUCUUCUCCCCAGAAGGACGUCUAUACCAGGUCGAAUAUGCUCUCGAGGCUAUUUCGCAUGCCGGAACAGCUCUAGGUAUCCUCGCAAAAGAUGGCAUCGUGCUCGCCGCCGAGAGGAAGGUUACUAGCAAACUGUUGGAGCAGGAUACAUCGGCGGAGAAGCUGUACAUCUUGAACGACAACAUGAUCUGCGCUGUUGCAGGCAUGACGGCCGAUGCAAACAUCCUUAUCAACUACGCCCGCCAAGCAGCACAACGCUACCUCCUCACCUACAAUGAAGACAUUCCCUGUGAACAGCUCGUCCGCCGUCUAUGCGAUCUCAAGCAAGGAUACACGCAGCAUGGUGGUCUUCGUCCGUUCGGUGUGUCGUUCAUUUAUGCAGGAUGGGAUCCCCAAAGGCAGUUCCAACUGUACCAGAGCAACCCUAGCGGCAACUACGGAGGUUGGAAGGCAACAAGUGUUGGUGCAAAUAACGCCUCCGCACAAAGUUUAUUGAAGCAAGACUACAAGGAGGAGUGCGACUUGAAGGAGGCUUGCGGAUUGGCGGUUAAGGUUCUGAGCAAGACGAUGGAUUCCACCAAGCUCAGCAGCGAGAAGAUCGAAUUCGCAACAGUGGGAAGGACAGAGUCAGGCAAGAUCUACCACCACCUCUGGGGAGCUGAUGAGAUUGAUGCACUGUUGAAGGAGCACGGCCUCGCAAAAGCAGAGGAUACCGAGAUGGACGGAUGAAGGAAUUGCGACGCACGGAAUUAGAUCAAAAUGAGAAUCGGCGCAAAAAA